GAGACAGGAGACUCUUGAACCCAGGAGAUGGAGGUUGCAGUGACCCUAGAUUGUGCCACUGCACUCCAGCCUGGGCAACAGAGUGUGACUCCGUGUAAAAAAAAAAAAAAAAAACUUCAAACUGAAGAAUGAUUAGCUAAAAACUGAGUAUGGUAGAAAAGGAACCAAAAUCAGAACAAACUACAAAGAAAUGUUUAUGUUUCUUUAAAAGUAAGAAUGGUAUCAUUUUUGAAAGGUUUAGGUCUCUGUUUCUGUUUAUUCACAUGCCUUUUUCUUUAGGGACCUCCCGAAUUCCCUGGUAACAGUGUUCAUUCUCUUCACCUUGGAUCAUUGGUAUGCACUGCUUCAGGAUGUCUGGAAGGUGCGUGAAGUCAGUCGCAUCUUCAGCAGCAUCUAUUUCAUCCUUUGGUUGUUGCUUGGCUCCAUUAUCUUUCGGAGUAUCAUAGUAGCCAUGAUGGGUAAGCAUAGAGGAGGUGAAACUUGUUUGGGAAGGGUGGUUGGGAAGAAAUUAGUCUGAAAGCGGGGAUUGGUGGCUUAUGGGUAUAAAGAACCUAGUGUAGCAGGAAGGCUUGGGUUCUGGAUGGGAUAUUUCACUUGGAUUCUCCCCACCCAAGCCCUCUUCCCAGGUCUAGUCAUUACCAUCUCCCAACUCCUAAUGGCCCUUUGGGGCAGUUACUAACUUUCAGAAUAUCAGGAAAGAGAUGAAUGAGGAGAUGGCACGUCAGGAGGUUCAGCUGAAAGCUGACAUGUUCAAGCGGCAGAUCAUCCAGAGGAGAAAAAACGUGUCACAGGAGGCACUGAAGUCAAGCCAUAGCAAAAUAGAUGACAGAGACGAGGUUUCACCAUAUUGCCCAGGCUGGUCUCAAACUCCUGAGCUCAGGCACUCCAUCCGCCUCAGCCUCCCAAAGUGUUAGGAUUACAGGCGUGAGCCCCGUGCCCAGCCACAGAUGGGUUAUAGUUUUAAACAGGGUAGUCAGGGUGACCUCAUUGAAAAGGUAAUGUGAGCAAAGACUUGAAGGAGGUAAGGGGAUCACCAUGUGGGUAUCUAUAAGAAGGGUGUUAAUAGGCAGAUGAAACAGCUAGUGCAAAGGUCCUAAACUGGAAGCAUGCUUGGUGUGUUUGAGAAACAGCAAGGAGGCCAUUGUGAAUGGAGUAGAGUGAGCAGGGGGAAGAGUGCUGGGAAAUGAAGUCAGAGAGAUAAUGGUGACAUGAUCCUGUAGGGUUAGGGGUGCCAUUGUAGGGACUUUGAAAUGGAAAGCAGAACAGAGGAGUGACAUGAGGUGACUUACAUUUAAGAAGGAUUACUUGCUGUGUUGGUAGAAGAACAAGGGAAGGAGCAGAGAGAUCAGUUGGGAGGCUAUGCUGCUGCCCAGGCAAGAAAUGAUGACAGCUUAGGCCAGAGUGGUAGCAGUGAGUUAGUGAGAAAAGAUUUAUUUCGAAGGUAUAGAGUCAGCAGGAUUACUUGAUGGACUGGAUAUGGUAGGGAAGAGAAGAGUUAAGGAUGAUACAUGAAUGAUUGAGUUUGGAAGUGCCUGAGUGUAGAGUUUGGGAGUAUUUUGGCUCUCAUUGUCUUAUGCCCCAGCUUUAGGGGGUGGCCAGGGCCAGAACCAGAAUAAUGAGUGGACUAGUCAUGUCUUGUAAAUGUUUGUGAAGUCAUGAUUUUCUCCUUUCAGUACAAGAGGAGCUGGUCAACAAAGGGAAAGUUUGGACUUAUCAGAAGUAUCUGAAGUAGAGUCUAAUUAUGGUGCCACUGAAGAGGAUUUAAAAACAUCUGCAUCAAAACCAGAAGAGACCUUGUCAAAAAAGAGAGAGUACCAAUCUUCCUCCUCUGUUUCCUCCACAUCCUCUUCCUAUUCUUCCUCUUCUGAAUCCAGAUUUUCUGAAUCUAUUGGUGAGCCAAAGAACUAUAAUAAUGAGUUUUUUCCAUUUGAAUUCAGACUACUCUAUAAGACAUCUUACUCUUAACAAGAGCUCUCCUACUGUAUCUCCUUUCCAAUUUUCUGGUCUUAAUGACUUUCUUUUUGCUUCUAAUUUCCCCUGUCCUCCUUCUUCACUUUGGGUAAAUGUGGCUGUGGCCCUCUUUGCUCACUGUAAAAAGUGAUUUCUUGCUGAUGCACCCUUUCCCUGCUUGCUUCCUGUUACCUCUUCCCACCCCACCUUUCCACCCACACCAUAGGAUUUACCAGCUUUUACCCAACUUUUACAAACCUAGCCAUGCUUUUCUGAAGCAUUCCUCCCAACAGGUCAUUUGGACUGGGAGACUCUUGUGCAUGAAAAUCUGCCCGGGCUAAUGGAAAUGGAACAGGAUGACCGUGUUUGGCCCAGAGACUCACUCUUCCGAUAUUUUGAGUUGCUAGAAAAGCUUCAGUAUAACCUAGAGGAGCGUAAGAAGUUACAAGAGUUUGCAGGUUACAGAUAUUGUUUCCUGAAAGACCACACUACAGUGUCAGUGGAGCCUCAGGCUGCCUGCAGUGCCCUGCCCUCACCUGGCUAACCCACACAGUUGAGAAUAACCAGAACUCCCCUCCGGUACCAGUGUUCACCUGGAAACAUGGCUCUGAGCCUCUGGCCCCUGCUGCUACUGCUGCUGCUGCUGUCCUUUGCAGUGACUCUUGCACCUACUGGGCCUCAGUCCCUGGGCCCUGGUCUCUCCUUCCUGAAGUCAUUGCUCUCCACUCUGCACCAGGCUUCCCAGGGCUCCCGGAGCCGCUCACAGUUCUCUACAUUCCUGGCCAACAUUUCUUCUUCCUUUGAGCCUGGGAGAAUGGAGGAAGGACCAGUAGGAGAGCCCCCACCUCUCCAGCCACCUGCUCUCCGGCUCCAUGAUUUUCUAGUGACACUGAGAGGCAGCCCCGACUGGGAGCCAAUGCUAGGGCUGCUGGGGGAUCUGCUGGCACUGCUGGGACAGGAGCAGACUCCCCGAGAUUUCCUGGUGCACCAGGCAGGGGUGCUGGGUGGACUUGUGGAGGUGUUGCUGGGAGCCUUAGUUCCUGGGGGCCCCCCUACCCCAACUCGGCCCCCGUGCACCCGUAAUGGGCCCUCUGACUGUGUCAUGGCUGCUGACUGGUUGCCUUCUCUGCUGUUGUUGUUAGAGGGCACACGCUGGCAAGCUCUGGUGCAGGUGCAGCCCAGUGUGGAUCCCACCAAUGCCACAGGCCUCGAUGGGAGGGAGGCAGCUCCUCACUUUUUGCAGGGUCUGUUGGGUUUGCUUACCCCAACAGGGGAGCUAGGCUCCGAGGAGGCGCUUUGGGGCGGUCUGCUACGCACAGUGGGGGCCCCCCUCUAUGCUGCCUUUCAGGAGGGGCUGCUCCGUGUCACUCACUCCCUGCAGGAUGAGGUCUUUUCCAUUCUGGGGCAGCCAGAGCCUGAUGCCAAUGGGCAGUGCCAGGGAGGUAACCUUCAACAGCUGCUCUUAUGGGGCGUCCGGCACAACCUUUCCUGGGAUGUCCAGGCGCUGGGCUUUCUGUCUGGAUCACCACCCCCACCCCCUGCCCUCCUUCACUGCCUGAGCGCAGGUGUGCCUCUGCCCAGAGCUUCUCAGCCCUCAGCCCACAUCAGCCCACGCCAACGGCGAGCCAUCACUGUGGAGGCCCUCUGUGAGAACCACUCAGGCCCAGCACCACCCUACAGCAUUUCCAACUUCUCCAUCCACUUGCUCUGCCAACACACCAAGCCUGUCACUCCACAGCCCCCUCCCAGCACCAUUGCCAUCUGCCAGACCGCUGUGUGGUAUGCAGUCUCAUGGGCACCAGGUGCCCAAGGCUGGCUACAGGCCUGUCAUGACCAGUUUCCCGAUGAGUUUUUGAAUGCGAUCUGUAGUAACCUCUCCUUUUCAGCCCUGUCUGGCUCCAACCGCCGCCUGGUGAAGCGGCUCUGUGCUGGCCUGCUCCCACCCCCUACCAGCUGUCCUGAAGGCCUGCCCCCUGUUCCCCUCACCCCAGACAUCUUUUGGGGCUGCUUCUUGGAGAACGAGACUCUGUGGGCUGAGCGACUGUGUGGGGAGGCAAGUCUACAGGCUGUGCCCCCCAGCAACCAGGCUUGGGUCCAGCAUGUGUGCCAGGGCCCCACCUCAGAUGUCACUGCUUCCCCACCCUGCCACAUUGGACCCUGUGGGGAACGCUGCCCAGAUGGGGGCAGCUUCCUGGUGAUGGUCUGUGCCAAUGACACCAUGUAUGAGGCCCUGGUGCCCUUCUGGCCUUGGCUAGCAGGCCAGUGCCGGAUAAGUCGUGGGGGCAAUGACACGUGCUUCCUAGAAGGGCUGCUGGGCCCCCUUCUGCCCUCUCUACCACCACUGGGACCAUCCCCACUCUGUCUGACCCCUGGCCCCUUCCUCCUUGGCAUGCUAUCCCAGUUGCCACGCUGUCAGUCCUCUGUGCCAGCCCUUGCUCACGCCACACGCCUACACUAUCUCCUCCGCCUGCUGACCUUCCUCUUGGGUCCAGGGGCUGGGGGUGCUGAGGCCCAGGGGAUGCUGGGUCGGGCCCUACUGCUCUCCAGUCUCCCAGACAACUGCUCCUUCUGGGAUGCCUUUCGCCCAGAGGGCCGGCGCAGUGUGCUACGGACGAUUGGGGAAUACCUGAACAAGAGGAGGAGCAGCCAACCCCACCAGGCUUGGAACCCACUGUCAACCCCAGCUCUGGUAUAAGCAAGAUGGAGCUGCUGGCCUGCUUUAGUGUGAGUGCUCUGCCAGAGGGAAAGCUCCUAGAACAGGGAGAA